GAGUUUUUGUCCCAUUUGUCACCCGGAAAGACGCCGGGAGCAGCAGGGGGUGACAGCCACGGGUGACUGAGAUGACAAAGGGCUGGCUGCUGGCUUUGGCACAGCCCUGAAAUCGUUUAGGGGAGCGCAGGGGUGCAGGGCUCGGGUAAUUUGGGGUGCCGGGCGCUUUGCUUCUGGAUUUUCCUGCCCCUGCCCGCUGCUCCUGGGGCACAGAGAGGCGCCUGAGCAUGUCCCCUCAAAACCUCUCUGGGAAUCACCCCAGAGCCUUCAGCCCUCCUUGUGCCCGUCCCCGAGGCCUCUUAUCCGUUCCAGUGGCUCCCGUGGCUCUCUCAGUCCAUCCCAGUCCAUUCCCAGUCUCUCCCAGUGUCCUCCGCGUGUCCAUCUCAGCCGUGCUUGGUGUUGCCGCCCCUCAGCCAAUCAUAGCCCGGCUCUCUGAUGACUCAUCAGUUGCCAGGCUGACUUACAGCCCCCCAGUGCCCCGCUCUGCACUCCCCGGAGUCGCGCACGCCAUUCCCAGUUCCGCCAUUCCCAGUUCCUCUCCAGGUCUUCCCAGUGUCCACAAACUCCCUCCCAGUCCCUCUCAUCUCAUUCCCAGUACAAUACCAGUCCAUUCCAAGACCUUCUCAUUUCAUUCCGACACCUUCACCCUCGCUCUGUGCUCCGCAGUUCUCGCAGUGCUCUCCCAGUCCCUCUCAGUGCCGCACCAGCCCUCCGCUCUCUCUCCCAGUUCCCCCCAGCUGAUCCCAGUGUGUCCCCUCUCUCUCCCAGUGCCCCCCACUGUGUCCAUCUCAUUGGUGCCCUCGAGCUCCCAGCCCAGCCCUGGCCGCCUGCUCUGCUCCGUGAUGGAUUUCUACCCUGCCCACAUCCAGCUGAGGUGGUUCCAGGACCAGCAGGAGCUCUCAGACCACGUGGUGGCCACUGACGUGGUCCCCAACAGGGACUGGACCCACCAGCUCCUGGUGCUGCUGGAAACCGCCCCCAGUGCGGGGGUCACCUACACCUGCCAGGUGGAGCACGUCAGCCUGGGGCACCCCCUGAGCCGGCACUGGGAGAUGCUGUCGGACGCCCCCCACAGCAAGAUCCUGAUGGGGAUCGGGGGCUCCGUGUUGGGCAGUCUGCUGCUUGGGCUCGGCUUCUACCUGCGUAAGAAGAGCUCCUGA